CGCUUUUUGGGGUAUUACUAUGUUUGACAUACGGUGGUCCCGGGAAGGACUUCUACUGGCGACACUGCCUAAGGCGUCCGCUACAAGCCGGUGACGUCUUCACAGCCAAGGGCAAAAUUCAGGACCGCAUGCAGAGAUGGACGUGCGGUCUAGAAGCGAGCUAUGUCACCGACGUGUUUGGUCAUUUUGACCACCGGAACUUCCGGAAUACAUCCAUUCCGGUGGUCACAUAUGCGCAUCGGCUCGGGAGGCAGAAGCCCUGGCAGCCCGGCUAUCAAUACCACAAACUCCCCUUCGCGCCGGGAGCCGAAUUUGAGAUCACGAUCCGAGUCAUCACCCCGACCCGAGUCCAGAUCCAAUACUCUGGGAAAGAUGCACGCUGGGGUGGAGCGACGAUUGAUAUCAAGGGACAAUCCACUCCCCUCUCGUCUGUCAAGCUUUUCCAGUGCUGCGGUGAGAUUCAAAACGUGACGAUCACUGGCACACCGUUGGCCAAAAAUGUGGUACGUCAAUGGGACGCGCCAUGCCCAUCGUUCGAUUCGUACAAUGAUGACGAUGAUGAUGAGCAUCCUCCGACACCAAAGCCGACGACGAAGGCUCCGACGACGAAACCGACAAAGCGACCGCAUAGCCAUGGUCAUAGCCAUGACGACAGCCACGACCACGGCCAUAGUCACGGUCAUAGCCAUGGUUCUGAGGAGGAUAAGAGCUGGCCAUCGGAUGUCUACUGGCGGCACUGUCUAAGGCGUCCGCUACAAGCCGGUGACGUCUUCACCGCCAAGGGCAAAAUUCAGGACCGCAUGCAGAGAUGGACGUGCGGUCUAGAAGCUAGCUAUGUCACCGACGUGUUUGGUCAUUUGACCACCGGAACUUCCGGAAUACAUCCAUUCCGGGUGGUCACAUAUGCGCAUCGGCUCGGGAGGCAGAAGCCCUGGCAGCCCGGCUAUCAAUACCACAAACUCCCCUUCGCGCCGGGAGCCGAAUUUGAGAUCACGAUCCGACUCAUCACCCCGACCCGAGUCCAAAUCCAGUACUCUGGGAAAGAUGCACGCUGGGGUGGAGCGACGAUUGAUAUCAAGGGACAAUCCACUCCCCUCUCGUCUGUCAAGCUUUUCCAGUGCUGCGGUGAGAUUCAAAACGUGACGAUCACUGGCACACCGUUGGCCAAAAAUGUGGUCCGUCAAUGGGACGCGCCAUGCCCAUCGUUCGCUUCGUACAAUGAUGACGAUGAGGAUGAGCAUCCUCCGACACCAAAGCCGACGACGAAGGCUCCGACGAAGAAACCGACGAAGCGACCGCAUAGCCAUGGUCAUAGCCAUGACGACAGCCACGACCACGGCCAUAGUCACGGUCAUAGCCAUGGUUCUGAUGAGGACAAGAGCUGGCCAUCGGAUGAUGGAAGAGAUAGAGGACACGGCAAUGGAAAUCGUGGACGAAACGUUGAUGUGGUUUCCGGUGGACCGGGUCCCGGGAUGUAUUGGCGACGAUGCCUGAAGCGACCAAUGCGAGCCGGUGACGUCUUCACGGCACGCGGGAAAAUCGGGCCACAAAUGACAAGAUGGACCUGCGGCCUAGAAGUCGCCUGGUCGAAUCAGGUCUUUGGCCACUUUGACCACCGCAACUACAAGGGACAAGCGCCGCUGAUCACCUACUCUCAUCGUCUCGGGACCCAGGCUUGGGAGCCACCAAACACAUUUAACGUCUUGCCGUUUCUUCCGGGAACCAAUUUCGUCAUCACGAUCCGCAUCAUCUCGCAGUCACGAGUCCAAUGCAAUGGCGGUAUCAACUCUGUGACGCUGAGCGGCGAUGCAUUGGCUGAUAAUGUGAUCCACGAUUGGCUGGCCGUUUGCCCGGCAUUCGGCUCAGACACGAAGCCACCGCCACCUCCUCCACCGCGUCCUCCACCCGCGAUGGCCUGGGAACCACCGCACACAUUUAAUAUUUUGCCUUUCACCCCGGGAGCCAAUUUCGAAAUUACGAUUCGAGUAAUCUCGCAAUCACGGAUCCAAGUAUCCUACGGUGGCGAUAACAAAUGGCCGGGUACCACCUUCGACGUUAAGGGACGGCAGACACCCAUCGGGGCGGCUAGAUACUUUCAGUGCAAUGGCGGUCUGACAGGUGUGACGCUGAACGGGGAAUCAUUGGCCAAUGAAGUGAUCCACGACUGGCAAGCAGAGUGCCCGCCGUUCGGCUCAGAAAGGGAGGAAAGUCGUCCGGUGCAGCGAGGAGGUGACAUCGGCAUGGCUCGGAUUCGAGGUCAAGGGACCGGGAUGAUGAUGGUGGCUGGCCAGACCUUUCAAAAGGCGCCAGAGCAUAAAACGGACGCCUUAUUUAACCAUUUACGAGCCGCGGCCACCUGUUAUGUUCGGGAACGGACCGACAAGCUGGCGGGCCAGCAA